UGAUCACAAUUCACAGAGAGAUAGUGGCGAUCUUUUGAAUUCAAGCAUGGUUUCCUUUCAUAAACACCUCUCACCAACUCAAAGAAAGACAAUCACAGAGUUGGACAAUUUAACAAAGAAGAGAAAAUAUAGGGAAGAUCCACAAGUUGAUGAAGAGGUUUUCCAUAACCCAAUCUCCAAAUCCAUAUUCGAUACGGAGCUCAACCUCGAGACUCCAUUGCCUUUGGAGUGGCAACAAUGCCUCAAUAUCAAGUCUGGUGAGAUACACUAUUACAAUGUGAGGACUCAAAAGAGAACAUCAAAUGAUCCAAGGAUGAGCCCAGAGCUACCAAGUAGUCCAGGUGGUCACAUGAGCUUAGACCUCGAGCUCAACCUACCAUGUGGAUCACCAUCUACAAAGAAUCUCAUCGGUGACAAUUUUGACAAGAAUAAUUCAGGUAGCUCCUCCUAUAAUUCUGGUGAGGCGUUUCUGAAUUGCAGCGAAAACAAGAAGAAGAAUUCAGGGGGUUUAAACCGGUGUCCAUCGUGGUUGGAAUUUGAAUUAGGGGAUCAGAGUCAGACAGAGAUGAUAACUAGAGUGUGCAACAAGUGUUAUAUGUUGGUGAUGAUGUGUAAGUCUUCUCCGGCUUGCCCUAACUGCAAAUUUAUGCACCCACCGGACCAAAGCCCUCCUAACCUAUUCAAGCGAAGGUUUAGCCUCUUAUGUUAGAGAGAUUGGUGGUGUUUUAGAAUGGUAUUUGGAGGCGGUAUUUUGUGUAAUGGAUAUAACACAGUGGUAUAUAUGCCUCUCUCUCUACCAGGCACUUGUGGAGUACACACACUAAUAGAGCUCGCGUGUAUGUGAGAAAGAGUGUCACUGUAGUGUACUCAUUACACAAAACACAAAGUCGUAGUAUUUGGUAUUACAAAUGCAGAAGUUUUCACCAUGGUGACUAUCUCAACUAUCAAGCUAAUCUCCUGCCUUGAACCCUUGAAAGCUCCCUAGCUAGUCGGUUAACUUUGUUCUGCUUUUCCUUAUGAAGAGAGAGAUAGAGAGAUGGAUGUAAAUUAUCUAUAAUUUGGCUCUUUAAGGGUUUUUUUAUUUUUAUUUUUAUUUUUUCACUUCAUAUAUAAGUGCUGCAAAUUAUGGUGGCCAAAAGGGCACUACUAGUACUACCCUAUUCCACCUGAGUGAUAUUUGAUAUGAGUCCUUUAUAUGAAGCUGAUGCAACAGGAAUGAAUUUCUGUAGCAAUGUCCAAAGUUUUUUCAAUAUCUGCUAGACCUUCAAAUUAUGGUUAUUUCGAUGACUA